AUGUACACACAUCCAGCUGACUCCUACGACUGCAGGCUUAUCCCCAAGGCAGACCGCAAGAAGAUCCACGAGUACCUCUUCCGUGAGGGUGUGCUCGUGGCCAAGAAGGACUACAACUUGCCUCAGCACCAGGACAUUGAGACCAAGAACCUCUAUGUCAUCAAGGCGUGCCAGUCUCUCACCUCCCGUGGGUACCUGAAGACGCAGUUCUCAUGGCAAUACUACUACUACACCUUGACUCCCGAGGGUCUCGACUACCUGCGCGAGUGGUUGCAUCUGCCGGCCGAGAUUGUGCCAGCGACGCACAUCAAGCAGCAACGAUCCCACGCUCCUCCUCGUGGCAUGAUGGGUGGUGAUGACCGUGAGCGUCGCGGCGGUGGCCGUGGCGGCCCAAGAGGUGACCGUGAGGGUGGAUACCGUCGCCGUGAUGCUGGUGAAGGCAAGGAAGGCGGAGCCCCUGGCGAGUUUGCCCCGACUUUCCGUGGUGGAUUCGGUCGUGGCCGUGGUGCUCCUCCUGCCGCCUAA